UCAACAUUUAUCUUUUAUUUAUGUAAAAAAUGUCAGUUUAGCCCGUAGACAGGAGAUCUUCUUACUUCACAACAAUAUGCUGCUGGUGCUGCUUCUGGUUCUGAGUCUCUGCUCUGAGGCUCGCUCCUCCGAGCCGUCAUCAAUAAUCAUCAAGUACCAGGUUUGGGAGGAGCAGCUGGCCGGGACCCAGGUCGGCCGGCUGCUGGAUGACCUUCGGCAGAGGGACGAAACCGGUCCCCUGGAGGAUUUCCAGGUGGUGGAACAUGGCAAAGCCCUUCCCUUCUCCGUCAGCACUCAGGACGGAGUCGUCUCCACCCAGGGCCGGCUGGACAGGGAGGAGCUGUGCCGGGGGUCUGACCUGUGUGAGGUGGCCUUCAGCGUCCUCUACAAGAGACAAGGUGCCAUGAACUGCCUGAGGGUUCGUGUGGAGGUGAUGGACCUAAACGACCACAGCCCCAGCUUCCCCAGUCCUCUGCAGGAGGUGGAGAUCUCAGAGACCGCCAGCCUCAGGAUGCGAAUCCCUCUGGACCGGGCGGUGGAUCCUGACGCUGGGCCGAACAGUCUGCAGACCUACUCGCUGUCUGUCAACCAGCACUUCGCUCUGGAUGUGACGGUUGGUCCUGAUGGAACAAAACAAGCUGAGUUAGUUGUUAUCAAAGAACUUGACAGGGAGGUUCAAAACUCCUUCGACCUCACCUUGGUGGCCUGGGACAAAGGGAAUCCCCUUAAAUCUGGGAGCACGUUAGUUCGUGUGAAUAUUCAGGACUCCAAUGACAAUAGCCCCAAGUUUGAGGACGGCACCCCCACUGUGGAGCUUUCUGAGGACACAGCUCUUGGGACAACCAUCAUCAACGUGAGGGCCACCGAUCCAGACCAGGGGGCCAAUGGGGAAGUGGAGUAUUCGCUCAGUAAACACAAUCAUCCCAACGUUCACAAACUUUUCUUUGUGGAGCCACAAGGCGGAGCCGUGAGUCUCAGAGCACAUCUGGACUAUGAGGCCCAGACCUCUUAUGAAGUGAUUAUCCAGGCCCGUGAUCUUGGACCCAAUUCCAUCCCCUCGCACUGCAAACUGCACGUGAAGCUCAGAGACAUUAACGACAACGCACCGAGGAUACACAUGACCUGGACUCCACCCAACUCCCCUGUGGCCACCGUGCUCGAGGGAACCUCGGUGGACACUUUUCUGGCUCUGGUGAUGGUCUCUGAUGCAGAUUCAGGGGACAACGGCAAAACCAUAGCAAGUAUACAGCAAGGAUCGGGCCCGUUCCGCCUCAAGAAGAUUCAUGGAGACAACUACAUGAUUGUAACCGACGGGAGCCUGGAUCGAGAGAAGGUUAUGCAGUACAACAUCUCGCUGCUGGCUCAGGAUUAUGGAGAUCCUCCUCUGACUUGUGUAAAACAAUUGCCCGUCCUUGUUCUGGAUGAGAAUGACAAUGCCCCGGUGUUCUCCACCUCAUUGUAUAAGGCCAGUGUCAAGGAGAACAACGAGGUAGGCUACCAGGCUCUCAAGGUCGCAGCCCACGAUGUCGACCUGAAACUCAGUGGACGAGUCUCCUACUUCAUUCACAGCCCAAGAGACCUGGACAGUGACGAAGACAUUUUCAACAUCCACUCGAGUAGUGGUGUCAUAAGCAUCCGGCAGCCUCUGGACUACGAGGAAUCCAACAACUUCACUUUCACUGUGUUGGCUGUAGACCACGGCCAUCCGCCUCUCACCAGCACCGCUACCGUGCAGAUCGACGUGGAGGAUAUGAACGACAACUACCCGGUGAUCACGGAGCCGAAACCGAGAAACGACGUGGUGUCUUUCAAUGUUCCCGUCAACGCAGACAAAGGGGAGGUGGUGACUGAGCUGGGAAACCAGCUGGAGGAGGCGUCCGCAGAUUUUAUAGUUAAUCAACCUGUCAGAGAAGGAAUUGUUGGAUUUAUGGCAUCAACCAUAAAAGCUGAAGACCCGGACUCAGAGCUCAACGGGAAAGUUCAGUACCUCCUUACCGACGGAAACCCCAACGGACUCUUCUGGUUGGACGAGGCUACGGGCCAACUCUUCGUUAACACCACCAACGCUACUGAGCUCAUUGGGAAAACCUUUAAAGUGGGCGUAGCUGUAUCAGACAUGGGUUCUCCCAGUCUGACCACCAAGGUGACUCUGGAGGUGACCUUCAUCAACCUCAAGGACCAUUUGAAGAACUCGUCACCUGGUAGCCGAGCACAGCUUAGUUUCACCAUGAUGCUAGCGAUCUGCCUGGGUGCUUCAUGCCUGCUGCUUCUGUUGGCCAUCGCUCUAGUGACCACGUUCUGCCGCCCCGUGAAACGAGACAACCGCGCCUACAACUGCCGACAGGCUGAGUCCACCUACACCCGCCAUCCUCGGCGCCCGCAGAAGAACAUCAGAAAGUCUGACAUUCAGCUAGUCCCUGUCAUCCGGGGGCGAAAGGAGGAGGUUCCUGAGGACGACAGUGAAUCCCAGCCACUGACUCCGCCUCCAGUGAUGUCAGAAGAUGUAGAAACUGAGAGGCAGUACACCUUAACGCCGUCAGCCAUGAACUCAAGCUUCCAUUCCCAAGGCUUCCCAGACGGGGACACCACUCAACUUGUCACCAAUCACUGCAGAACCCUUCGGAAGCCUGGGAACAUCGAACUGGACGGCGCUCCGCCUCUGACUCCCGCCACAUCGUACAGAACUCUCCGGACAUCCAGGAACACCUCGUCUUCCUCUUCAGUCUCUCACUCAAGCACCUUAAAGCGACAGGCACACCCUCAGGGGGAGGAGGCGGAGCCGGCUCGUUCGGGGUCCCAGGCGACUCUCAGGAGGCCGAAGACCUUGGAGGGACGAGGGGGCCACGACGCAGAGCACCAGCGGAUGCUCCGGAACCUGGUUCGACUCUCCAUGGCUGCAUUUCGAGACUCGAUCGAGCUCUCGUCAGCUUCUCCAGAGGUUCAGCAGAUCUCCCAGCUCCUCUCCCUCCUCCGACAGGGUCAGCUGCAGCCGAGGACAAACUUCAGAGGGAACAAAUAUUCUCAUCGCAACGGCAGAUACGGGGGUCAGGACUGUGCUGAUUGGCAGAGCACCAAGGACAGUGGACACGGAGAGAGCGAGGCCGGAGACAUGGACUGGGAACCAGGACGAGACUCGCCCAUAGACCCUCAGCUGGAGGAGGGGCUCCACAACCUGCUCAACCACCCUGAUGACGUCUUCUCGGAGGUCAGCGACCCGUCCUGGAUGGCGAGACUCUCUCUCCCGCUCGCAGGCGAUUAUCACGACAACGUGUUUGUCCCCAACGGGCCUCCGUCCCCUGAAACUGAGCUUCUCCCCCGGGACUGUCUGGACUCCUCGUCCUUCUCCACCUUCGGUAAAAGUCCAGAGAAGGACGGCCCACUGGGCGGCGCCCUCCUGUCCGAGGUCAGCACGCUGUUUGAAAUGCUGAUGACUCAGAAGGCCGACGCCCACCCGGGCCCCCGACCGGACGUCCUGUACCGACUCUCUGCGGCGUACCGGCGCUCGCUCGGCCUGGACGCCAACGCCACGCCCCCCGCGGCGGGAAACGCACCGAGGAACUCUGGGAACACGGAGAAGCGUCCGGGCCUCGCGGCGCCAUCAGGACUCUACCAUCAAAUAUAACUGAACACUGGAAAAGACUGACCGACGCAGAUUCACUCGUUUCUAUGAUUAAUCUAUUUUUAGACGUGAACUGAAAAGUUCUUGUGAUUUAAAAGAGUUGUGUCAUUGUGCGUCUGUCGUGGACACGAUGACGAGACUCGAGCUCUGAAGCUAAAAACACUGUACGAACUUUCAGGUUCGAUUUGUGAGGCCACGACGCGACGGGGGAAUUUCUCACAUGUGAACUCAGUUCCCCAAACUUCUUGUUUUUAACUGUCGCUGCAUGAGAUGAAAAAACACGUUAAAGUGAAAAGUCAGAUGAGAACAGGAGGCCGCGGCAGCAGCUUCCUGUUCGAUGGCUCCUCCUCCUCCUCCUCCUCCUCCUCCUCCUCCUCCUCUUCCUCCUCCUCCUCCUCCUCCUCUUCCUCCUCCUCCUCAUAUCAAAUGUUGUUUUUCUUUUGAUGUCUCAACAGCGUCUUCUUCUUGACUUCCUCUUUGACAGAGUCAAUCUUGACCUUUGAUUUUCCAUUAUUUAUACAAUGAGAACUGGAACUUUUUAAACUUACAAGGUGCUGAGAAGUGACUGAAAACCAAGAUGUGUGAAGAAGAAAGACGAUUUUAUAGUCGUGUUCAGAGCAGAGGAUUCUGAGAGGAAGGAAUUCAAACAAAGAAAAAUAUGGGAAAUAAGUAUUGUUUAUAUAUAUAUGUGACAAAUGAGGGAAAGAGGAGCAGGUGCCCAGGGGAGCGUGGAGAUCAGGUGACUUGCAGGCAGGUAACUCGUGGACAGGAGGAGUUAGAAACGUGACAAAAGAUCAUUUCAGUAUGAGUCUAAACUUUGGCUUUUGAUUUUGAUUCAUGUAAAAUUAGUGAGAACAGAAACUUCUCUGACUGAGGGAUGUGAUGCUGGUGGUAUUUAAUCAUUAUCACGGACAGGAGACAGUGGCCUUCAAGAGACAAGAGGACAUUUGUCCUGUGAUGCACAAGGAAGACGCUUGUUUUUUUAAUAUCAACGAAGCUGUGAGUGGUUUUCUACCUCAUCACUUCACAAAAUGGAGGAAGAACAGAUCCAAUCAAAGUCCUGAGGGAUGCAUCACUCCUCACGUGUGUUAUACAGAACAUGAUGAGCGUUAUGAAGAUUUAAACAAUUAAAAACUUUCCAUAUUUCACGUGAUACUGACCUGAGAUGUUUUGCUUUGGACCAAUGACACAGGAUGAGCUUCCUCACACUGUUCCUGUUGAAAAGGUUCAACAGCAUCAUCCUGUUUGUCAUUAUGAAUCAUGAAGCCUCAGACUCUUCAGUCCAGGUUUAAUUAACAGUGAAUUAAAGAUCUCGAGUCGUUCUGGAUGAAGACAGAAUUAGUUCCAGGAUAUUUACUCAGGAAAAACAAAAACAGGAAGUGAAGGGAGGAAGUAGCAGGAGCUUUAAUGGUGAGUCUGAAAGCAGAGAGAUGUUGUUUUCCUUGUUGUGGAUUCUCUCGACCACGAACACACUCAGAACUUCCUGUCUGUGUUUCUCUGGGACAUGAAGCCGGAUCGUGGUCGACUUGUUUUGUCUGUCAGGAAGUUAAACGCUCCGAUUUUGGUCAGAAGAGAAACAACCGAGAGGAAAUGUUUUUCUUUUCUUCCUAAAGACUGAAGAACCACGAGGAGCUGAACGCAGCGUGAAGCAGUUUGUUGUCAAAGAAACUUCACAUGUUCAACAACUGGAGUAAAAAUACUUUAAGAUUACUGCGUUCGGGUUUGUUUGUUCAGGAUGAAUCACAGGGACCCGUCCCUUAAAUUAUUGGUUUGAUCCAUUCUCAUUGUCCUGAAAGUUGUGAAUCAGAAGAUCAGCACUUUGUAAAUAGUCUUUUUCAAUUUUUUGGGAAGUUUUGUAGCAAGAAAAGUUUUGUGUUUCAUUGGAAAACUGAUUUGUAACUUUUUUCAAUAAAAUAUAAGUUUAAACUAAAAAA